AUGAAUGGUUUGGCGAUGGAUUUGUCAAAGAGUAGAGUAGGUCUAUGUUUGCCGUGGAUUGAAGUGAAGGACAAUAUGUUUAAACACAUAAUAAUCGUAGCGUUGAUUGCAUUCAAUUCAAUGCAUAUGUUUGACGCCAAUCGGCGAUUAGACGAGUCGUUAGUCCGACAAUACAUGUCAAUGGAUGCGACAAUUUAUGCGGACAUUAGAUCCAGACUUAAUGGCAAAGACAGUCGACCGCAAAACAACUCGACGGAUCAGAUCGAGGAUAAUGUGCGGGAAUUGCGGCAAUUCUUCAGCGGUGGUGUUCUUCAGGCGCCCACAUAUCAGUGCCAGUAUAUGGUCUCCUAUUUCGGUCUAAUACUGUUUGAGUUCAUUAAAUGUAUUUUGAUUAACGAAAUACCCGGCAAUAUAUGUCUGGGUUGUGCUCAACAGUACACGGAUCUGAUCCAAGCGUACGCCGACCUGACCAACGAGACGGUCAGCAAUUGUACCCUUGGCUUCAUUAAUAAAGACAAAGCGAAUCUCAUUCACAGUCUGUACAGCAAUGGUAUAUAUCAAUGGAAGGAUGGAGACUGCGAUAAUUGUUUCGGAGGUAAAGACCAAUACGAGAAUCUUGUGGUUCAUAACGACACGCAAUACUAUUUCCAGUUAACCGAAGAGCAUAUGAAUUGCCUUCAGUCGGCCAACAGUUCUCACAAUGAGUCUUGCAUUGAGUGCAAGACAUCCUAUCAUGUAAUCAACGAUUACUACGAUUUGUUGGCAGAGAAUUAUACGAAUGAUGUUUGCAAUGAUAUCAUUGCUUCGGUAUAUCUAAUCAUACAAUAAAAACUAACAAAAAAAACACUAAAAAUUAAUAUUAAUAUUGUUUGAAAUAAUUGAUAUUCAGCUGAAAGAUGUGC